GGCAAGUCACUUGUGAUUAACCUCUGCGAUUUCAAAGCGAUUUUCAACUUCAAUGGCUUUCUACUCAAGGACAUUCAACCCAGCAGGAUCCUGGAUCGGGACUGAACAUCAGCCUCUGUUUCAGAGAAACCUGUCCUGUAGCAACACUGUUGAGGAAAACAGAAACACCGUGCCCCUUUGGAUACCUCCAUCAAAGCAGCAAUAUCAAUAUGUGCGGUCUACACGGUUUUCUGCAAGUAAGUAUUGGAGGGAGUCUGGAGACAGGCGUGCUGUGGUCCAGGAGGAGUGGCAUGGUAUGGCCAAGCUGCCCACCUCAACACCUCAGCACCUCACUCUCGUGGGCAACGGUGUCAAGAGCAGCCGGGUGGCUCCUCCCAGACCUGUGGCAGUGGCUCCAGCGAGGAAGGAGGAAAACCUGACAUUCGUUGGGAACUUCACUCAUGCUCCGAACAUCACCCAGGACCAGCUAUUGGCCCUGCUGAAUUCCCAAAAGGGCCCUGACUCUGGGAGUGCAGGCAUCCGUGGUGUUCCGUCCGCCCAGAAGACACCACGCCAUCUCACUCGGCCCUGUGGCAGUGAGAUCAUGAAACAUGCCUACCCAUCUGCAGUUGUGCAGGUGUCAGCACGAGAGCAGGAGCUGCUGUCCGUCUCUGCUGUUCAUCAGCGGGAGACUGGUGGACUGACCCACGUGGGCACAAUCAGCUCAUCCAGUAGUGCUUUGAGGCAGGAGGCUGCACCCCUUACCUUUGUGGGGAACUUCACCGCCCCUGCCGCAGCACUUCAUGGUCAGCAACACAUGAAGCCGAUGCAAGCCCAGGUGCCAGGCAGUGUCGCCCAGGGAGGAUUCAUCCCUCUGGGGGUCGGUCCCACUCGGUCCACCCCUGCAGCUCCGGCAGGUCUCCCCACUGGGGCCGGUGGUGAAGUCCCGACCUACUGUAAGAGCACAGUCCACUCCAACCAAGCGGAGCGUGUGAAGAUGAUGGAGUACCACCGUGACAUGGCCUCCUACUACAGAGGGCUCAAGCGUAAGGCUGAGCACGUCCCAGCGAGGGAGGGGUCAGGGUGCCCCAACGAGCUCCAGACAGGAAGUGUCCGUGACAGGACCUUGGACCAGCCUCGGCAGAAGACGUGGUGGGACAACGCCACAGAGGGCGUCGUUCUUCCUGAGGACGCUGUAGAGAAACUUGAUGCCAUUCCUGGCAUCUGGGAUUUGGCCAUACAGAUGGGCUUUCUGACUGUCUGCUAGUCAGAUGAUUGAAAAAAUGU